AUGAAUAUGAACGUCCUACCAGCUCAACCUACUGGCAUUCAAAGUACAGCAGGAGCAGUACCAAUUCGAAAUGAAAAAGGUGAAAUAUCUAUGCAAAAGGUGAAAGUGCAAAGAUAUAUAUCAGGAAAAAAACCCGAUUAUGCACAAGGUGUUUCUUCAUCUGAAGAAUCAGACGGAGAGGACUUUAUAGAGCAACAAAAACCAGAACGAAGACUACAAAUCGGUCAAGUAGGGCUUAAAAAUGAAGAAGAACACAGUGAUUCUGAAAAAGAGAUUGACGAUCCCCGCUUACGCCGUCUGCGUAUGGCAACGCGUUCACCUAACCGUCGUGCGGAACAUAAACCUGAAAUUAUUGAUGCAGAACCAGAACCAGAGUCUGAGUCAAGUUCCGAAGAAGCACGGCAUAGUUCCGAAAGUGAAGAUGAUUUAGACGAAGAGGAAAUAGAGAAACGGCGACAAGCCUUAAAAGCUAAAUUGGCUGCCAGAGAAGCAGAGAAAGAAGUUUUGGGUAGAGAUGAAGAUGAGGAAAUGUUAGAUGGUGAUAAGGAGGAGAGUGAUUCUUCAGACACAGAAUAUACAGACAGUGAAGAAGAUACAGGUCCGAGGGUGAAACCUGUAUUUGUUAGAGCAUCAGAAAGGAUGACCGUUGCGGAAAAAGAGCGGAAAAUGAAACAGCAGAAAAAAGAAGAAUCAGAAGCGAGAAAAGAGAAGGAGGAAAGACGUAGGGAAGCCUUAAAAUUAGUAGAGGAAACCAUAAGAUCUGAACAAAGGAAUGCACAGACAGAUCACAAAGAGGGUAAUAUAAACGAUGUUUGCACUGAUGACGAGAAUGAUGAGCUAGAAUACGAAGCGUGGAAACUGCGUGAAAUGAAAAGGAUAAAACGGGAUAAGGAGGAAAGGGAGGCCAUUGAGAAGGAGUUGCUGGCAAUAGAGCGAAUGCGCAACAUGACAGAAGAAGAACGGCGCGUCGAACAACGUAUUAACCCUAAGAUAGUGACAAAUAAAUCUCUUAAGGGCAAGUACAAGUUUCUUCAGAAGUACUAUCACAGAGGUGCUUUUUACUUGGACAAAGAAGAUGAUGUUUAUAAACAAGACUUCUCUGGACCAACAUUGGACGAUCAUUUCGAUAAGACUGUUCUGCCAAAGGUGAUGCAAGUGAAGAAAUUUGGCCGAUCCGGUCGGACGAAGUACACACAUUUGGUGGAUCAAGAUACUACGGAAUUUGACUCUGCUUGGAACAACGAGGGUGCGGCUGCAAGGUUGGCAAACUUCCGAGGCGGAAUGAAACAGAUCUUUGACCGACCCACUGCCAAAAGGAAGCACACUUCAGUUUAA